AUAAUAAUAACAAUAAAAACGAAUUUCUCUUUGGAGCUGUCUUCCUCCUCGGUUUCCAGAUUCAGAGUUCCGCCUUCCCGAUUCUCUGCAAUACGCUCCAUCUCUGGUGAUCUCAUCGGCCUCAGACAAAAAUGACUACCGGACCUGGUCUCUUCUCCGGUAUUGGCAAGAAGGCCAAAGAUCUGCUGACGAAGGACUAUAUCUCGGAUCAGAAGAUAUCUGUGUCGACCUACAGUGACUGCGGAGUGACCAUAACACCAACUGCAGUUAAGAAAGGAGCUCUUUCAACUGGAGAUGUAGCAGUGCAAUACAAAUAUAAGACCACUACGGUUGAUGUCAAAGUUGAUACAGAAUCACAUAUCUUUACAACUCUGACUUUCACCAACAUUGUCCCAUCAUCGAAGACCGUUGCCUCUAUGAAAUUUCCUGAUUAUAAUUCUGGCAAGCUGGAGUUUGAGUACCUUCACCACCAUGCAACCUUCACUGCAGCUGUUGCUGCCCCCAAUCAGUCACCCAUCAUUGAUCUUUCUCUUACCCUUGGCACUCCAACCUUUGCUAUUGGUGCUGAAGCAGGUUAUGAAACUGCUUCUGGUAAAUUAACGAAGUAUACUGCUGGUAUCAGUGUAACAAGACCCGAAUCUUGCGCUGCUAUAAUCUUGGGAGACAAGGGGGACACAAUAAAGGCAUCAUAUACUCAGCAUCUGGAUGCAUUGAAGAAGACUGCUGCAGUAGGAGAGAUUGUUAGGAGGUUCUCCACCAAUGAGAACACAUUUACAGUUGGCGGGUCGUGCGCUAUUGAUCACCUGACAAAUGUGAAGCUGAAGCUCAACAAUCACGGCAAAUUAGGUGCUCUCUUACAGCACGAGGUGAUACCAAAAUCAGUUUUGUCAAUCUCGAGUGAGUUUGAUACCAAGGCCUUGGAGAAGACUCCAAGGUUCGGUGUGUCACUUGCUCUCAAGCCUUAAUUUUAUUUUGUUUUUUUGACACCACAGCCUUAAUUGAUUAAAACAUUCUUUCCCCUGUGAUAACGUUGAAGCACACAAUAAGGUUGCAAAUACUUUUCAACAGAUUUGGGAUGACAUAUAGGGUUUGUUUGAUUUAGUGGCCAUGGCAUGGUCUUUUCCAGUUCUGUUUACUUUUUCCUAAUAUCCCUGAGAAAACUGUCUAGCAACAAUCUAUUCAUUGAGCUGUUCCUGGAGUGAUGCAAAGUUUGUUUAAUUUCCAUA